AAAUAUCAUAAACAGAAUUGCCGAGCCAUUAAGAUUUAGUUUGUUAUUGGAUCAGCCGUCCGGGCACACAAUGAAUAAUGAUUGAAUGAUUUUGCUUUGCAAUUGUUUCAUUCACGGCAUUUUCCAUAUCAAACACACUCGUGAUCAGGAGCAGUGAUGAUAUUGCUUGCACGAUUAUCCGGACCUAGAGGGUUUGCUACCCACAGGUUAUUUCCAUGCGUUCGAGCUGGUGCUUUCAGACAUGCCAGUCAAGCCAUCAAAAGAAAAACUCCACUAGUAGCAGCUCCACGACCUGUGUCAACGCCACAAUAUGCAAGCAAAAGACCAGGUCAGUACAUUCGUGCCAUUUUAGAUUAUCCAAACUGAUUUAAAGUAGCAUAUCCCGAAAGACUGCUAAUAUAUCAUUCUGGAACUGGGAGAACUGUCUUUCUUGGCUGUUUAAAAGUUACAACUAUUUUUAUAUUUGUAUUUUUUACCCUGGUAGUGGCACCAGCACAUUACUAUUCAGAGGAUGAGCCUCAAUGGGUGGCACCAGCUGGUAAGUCAUAUUUGCGAGUAUUUUAAAUGUACAAAUCUAUGAGUUUGAUUUGCAUUGACAAGCUCGUGCGCUUUCGUUUGCUCCAUGUAACUAAUCUAACUACAAGUUCUAUUAUCUGGAGCUGUACCAAUGAUUUUCGUGGCAUAUAUAACAUCGCCAUUUGUCAAUUACAUCCAUCUAAAGUUACCCAACUUUGCUCGUACUUCACGGGAUUUAUUGAUGAGAUACUCAAAGAAUCCACCAAAAGAUGCACAAGUCGAUAUUACUACGAUGAACUUUGUAGGGAAACCGAGAGUGACUAGGCUUGGAAUUUAUGAAUUGGAAGCCGUAAAGCAAAGGUUUGGGGUGGGAAACUUCCGUCGAGAUACGGAGAAGGUUAAUGCCACAAGGAAAUGGUGGAUGCCAAAGGCUGUACGAUUAUUUGGAGUUCAUGGCGGAACAGGAAGAGUGAGGGAGGUGGAAGCCUGGGAGAAUAUUGCAAAGAAAAUACGAAACGCGUCAUGAUUUUAGUGAAAGUCAGUCAUCUCAAUACGAAUGCAGUUGCACAUGUAGAACUGCCGUAUGUAAUUCAACGAUCUUCCGUUUCGUGUUCAUCGCUCUACUCAGCUUGCGCCACCUCGUGUCGCGUUUCUCGAACAAGUGCCUGGAGCUACACUGGAUUGUCCUUAAUUAGCCUAUCGCCAUAUUAAACCUCGUCUGGUCCAUGGUCUGGUGAGUGAAGCAACUGAGUCGUGGUUCGACUCUCCAAGCAGGAAAUGCGAAUCCAUAUAUCAAUUUCUAACCCUUAUUCAGUGAUGGAGAGCGAUGAAAUGUUUCAAACUUGUUCGUCUUCAUAUUUACAAGGAUCCGCGCUGCAAUCUCCUGUUUUGAAGCAGGGAGAGAAAGAAUUGAUAGUGCUGAUAUAAUCAUCA